AUGGUGAGUUCUGCGCUCUUCAACUUCCAGUCUCUCCUCCUCGUCCUGCUGCUCCUGAUAUGCACAUGCGCCUACGUGCACCAGAUCUUUCCGACCAUCCUCGACCGGAAUAAGCAAGGUGUCAUGGGCAUCUUCUGGAAGGCCGCGCGGAUAGGCGAGCGUCUCAGCCCAUAUAUAGGCCUCUGCUGCGUCGUCAUGGCCGUCUCCGUCAUGCUCAACUAA